AUGUUUGACCCCAACGUUUUGGAUGUCCCAGCUGUAAUCUUUGACAAUGGGACUGGGCUAUUCAAAGCGGGUAUUGCAGGUGACAGUGGCCCAAGGUCUGUUUUUACAGCAAUUGUUGGUCCCUCAAAAGUCAAAGCUACAGUGCUGGGAGCUGGACAGAAAGAACGUUACAUUGGAGAAGAAGCUCAGUCCAAACGAGGGGUCCUGUCUUUGAAUUCUCCAAUAGACCAUGGCAUGCCUACAUGCUGGGAUGGUAUGGAAAGGAUCUGGAGACAUGUCUGUGAGUAUGAGCCGAGAAUCAAAGCCAGUGAAAGGCCAGCGCUGCUGACUGAAGCCCCUCCCAAUCCUCUGCAGAACUAGGAAAAAAUGAUGGAGAUUAUGUUUGAAGGCUUCAUGGUGCCGGCUAUGUACGUUGCAGUCCAGGCAACUCUGGCACUCUAUGCAUCGGCCGGAAUAGUCACGGACAGCAGGGAUGGUAUUACUCACGCUGUCCCCAUGUAUGAAGGAUACAGUUUACCCCAUGCUGUCCAGCUGGAUAUUGCUGGCCCUGAUAUCACCAGAUAUUUUAUGAAGCUUCUUUCGGAGAGUGGACACACUUUUAUUAGCAGAGCUGAAAGGGGAAUUGUGAGAGAUAUCACAGAGAAGUUGUGCUACGUAGCUUUAGACCCUGCCUAAGAAAUGAAAGCAAAGCCAGAAGAAAUCAUGAAAAAAUACAGAUUGCCUGAAAACAAUAUCAUCCAGACAGGCAACCAGCUCUUUUGUGCACCAGAGACCCUUUUCGUGCCUGCAAACAUUGGAGUGGAAGCUCCCGGUGUGCACAAAAUGAUCUUCAACAGCAUCAUGAAGCAUCACAUCGACAUGCACAGGAAUCUUUACGGCAACAUCCUGCUCUCCAGUGGGUUCACGCUCUUCCCUGGCCUGGAGGAGCGGAUCCUGAUGGAGAUGAAGCUGCAAGUGCCUGCUGGCAUGUUUGUGAGGAUCAUUGAACCCCCUGAGAGAAAAUACUGUGCAUGGGCUGGGGCCUCCAUCCUCACCUGCCUGACAUCUUUCAAAAAAACGUGGGUCACCGUGAGUGAUUACAAGGAUUUUGGGGCACUGUCAUUCACCAGAAACACUUUUAAGGAGAACAUCAGACCAAGUGAAUGGCUUGCUACAACAACGCAUGAGCAAGAAACCCUGCUGAGAGCUGACUGA